UUCAAAUCAGAUUUUUCACAGCAGGUAUAAACAGAUGCUGAAAAGACAAAUCAACCUUUUUACUAGCAUUUACAUAAUUUAAUUGUGAAUAUAACAUUCACAUUUGCAAGGUUACAAAACAGAUUCAAACAGGUCUGAUGACAUGAAUUCAUGACAAUAUGAACUGAUUUCUACAUUGUAGGUCACCUUUAGAUGUUAAUUUUGUUCAGAUUCUCUGGUAGGCUGGAGAUGCUUUUCUGUUUCUUUGAAGAGUAUAACUGUGAAGUCAACUACUAAAGCAAAUACACCAAGGUUCUAGAAACACACUUUGGUAACUAAGCAUUUGCUAUGGCAACAUUUGCUUGGAAUGUGAUACUGGCUAGCUCUCAGAAUGGCAGUUGAGUUGGAAUGGGAGACUUACAGAAAGAAAAUUAUCUUGGUGUACAGUAGCUGCUCAAUGUUUCCAGCAAGUGUGAGAUCUUGGAAGCAGCUGCUGCUUGCUACACACGAAUUUUGUUCACGUUCAAGAUGACUGAUCUUAUGCUGAAUCUGAAGACCUUUGAGCCUGAUUAUGGAGUAGAGGCAACUGAGGAGCACCUCCUACCCUUGAAAAACUCUGCCAAAGGGCUGACAGUGAAUGCGUGUGCCCAUGCAGUCUUCUUCUGCCAGUUGCUUGAGGCCACCAAGCAGAAACAGAAGAUUAAUGAGAGAAUACCUCUUUAUGCCCAGGAACUGAAGGAAACAAAACAUCUAAGCCUGAGGAUUGGAAUAAUUGGGGGAGGCCAUGUUGGAAAACAGCUGGCCAGAGUGCUCCUGGAACUGGGUGGCUUUCCAGGAAAUAAUAUCCAGAUCUCCACAAGGCAGCCAGAGACUCUUUCAGAAUUUCAGGUACUGGGAGUUGACUGCUUUUACAACAACAGGAAGCUGGUGGGCUGGGCAGAUGUUGUGUUUCUCUGCUGCCUCCCAUCUCACCUUCCACACAUCUGCUCAGAAGUUCACAAGGAGCUCAGAAAAUCUUCUGUUAUAUACAGCCUAGUCACAGCUAUCUCUCUGUCCAGGCUGAAGCAACUCCUUUCUUCCAGCGCUAUCUUGAGGCCACAGUACAUAUUCACAGAUGGUAGCCCUCUCACAUUGUGGGAGAUGAGCAGGACUGUGGUAGAAGCUCUCAAAGACCCAGAUGUUGUGCAAGCUACGUGUCCCCUUGGCCCUAUGGGAGCAAUUGCUGUCAAGCCAAAGUGGCUAGAAGCUGUUUUCUAUGCUGCUCUAAAUAGCUAUACAUGCCAAGAUUUACCCUAUACAGAGGCCCUGAAGUUACUUAACAAAGUAUGUUUUCCUGAGGAUGCCACCACACCCUCUGAGGAACAGAAAUCACCACCACCACCACCACCACCACCACCACCACUCUUCGUUUGUGAAAAUUUUAUCAACGAGGCUUUUGCUUCCUCCCUGACACCUGAUGAUACUUUCCCCUGGUUUGACCUGACAACUGUACAGCUAAAGGAGUCUCCCCUUAGCCAGCUCCUACCAACGAGUACAUCUUUGCAGCAUAGCAUUGCUUCACUGUAUUGUAAUGUCAUUGCUUUAUUGGCCACGGAAAGCACGGCACACAUCUCUAAGAAGAUUCCUCUAUCAGCUGUGCUAUUACAUCCCACCACAAAUCAGGAAUUAUCAGCAUCUAGCGGAAGUGGGAUUUGUCCAAAUAAUACAGAGGAAGCAUCUAGUAGUGAAUCUGAAGACAUAAAUUAACUAUUAUGUAAUUCAGGCUGUUUUGAAGUAGAAAGACUUACCCUGAGUACUAGCCACCCAUCCUACUUGCACUGUAACAGUCCAAGUAAUUAGUUACUUGUAGUGCAGCUAUGUUACUGGAGGAUAUUUUUGCAAUGGAAAAAUCAGAAGCAUAUUAAGAGGGGGACAUUUUUAAAAAUCUGGAGGCAAUUAGUAUGUUGCGGCAAAAUAAAGUGGAAAGAAUUAUUCAAGAACUAGUUCUUUAAGCCUAUAUUCUCCUGCUUUUAA